UUUUUAAACCGGGCAAUCGAGUUGAUGUAAACAUGUCGAGAUUUACCCGAAAACAUCAGAAAUGACGUUACUAUUUUUCCACUCCAGAUAAGUUUAAUGGAGAAUUCAUCUAGUGACAACAAAGCAAAGAUUUCAACUGGCGAAUUUAACAACUCUGAGCUCUCUAACGACAAUAACAAUACUGAUACUGGAAGUGAUGUGAGCAAUCUUGCAGAAGAACUUGCCAGAAACCAGACAGAAAAUGAGAACAUAUAUGUGGUUCAAGGUGAAACAGAAAACAUUGGUGGGGGUCACAAUGUUGAUGAACUGACAAAGAAUGAUGAGAAUUAUCUGACAGAAAGUAACAUAGAAAAAGAAGAACCAGUUGAUAUCAGUGUCAAUGUUCGAGUUGGAAGUGGAUCCAUUGAUAAUGAUGUUUUAGAGAGAACGAUUUUAACAGAAUCAAUUCAAGUACAAGAAGCUGCCACCGAUGUUAAUGCUGAAACUAACGUGAAUGAUCUUACUGAUAACACUGUGACAGGAUUUACUGAAAACAAAAAACAGACAGAAAACGAGAAUACAAACAAUGAUGAACAUGAAAAAGAAAAUAUUUCAGGAGAGAGUCACAGAGUUGAUGAGCUGAUAAAAAAUGACAAAAAUAAUCAGAAUCAAAGUAGUAUUGAAAGAGAAGAGUCAGUUGAUGCUUCUGUCUUUGUUCAAGCUGGAAAUGAAAGUAAUGUUUCAGUAUCAUUUGAAGAAAAUGAAGCAAUGAAAAUUCAACAUGAUUUUCUAAAUGAUGAAGGAAAGAGUCAAGUAACAAAGAAUAUAGUUGUUGCUGUAACAAAAGAUGGAGUUGAAAAGGAGCUGAAAGUGGAAAUAAUCAAUCGAUCUCCUAAAAAACCAUUUUUAGGUGGAUUUCGGCAUAAACUGACUGGUGCUGAAUAUCUAAAUGCAUCUUGUCAAGCUUACCCGAAAUUGUUUUUUUCCGAUAUUGAAAAAUACAAUCGGGAUACCCAAACAGUCAUCACAAGAAAUCAAGUUCAGCAAACUUUUAACAAUACCUCAACUCAAAUGACUAAACCUGGAUGUUACGUGUCCGAUGCCACCGACGUUGUAAGGAUUCCUGGUAAAUAUGUUACUGCUGAUGAACGAGAACGUAUGAUUUUGGAAAAAGUGAUAAUUCUUCAAUGUUAUUGGAGGAGAUGGUUAGCCACACAGUAUGUGAAGAAACUGCGAAAUGAUCGUGAUAUGAGAAUUCAAUGGGAAAAGGCUCAAGUAGAACAAAGAGCAGCUGAAAGAGCCCAACGUUUGCAGAAAGAGUUUGAAAGAAGAAUGAAGCCAAAAACUAAAGCCGACUUCGAUUUACUGUAUGCAGCACUUGAACGAUGGCGACGGGAAGAAACAGAAAGAAUCAAUGAAAUGCACUCAGGACCAGAAAGAAAGGCCGCUCUGAUUGGCUUAUUAGAGCAAGAGUCUUACCUCAUCCAAUCAAUUGAAAGACAUCGCCUAAAUGCGGAUCAAGAAAAUUCUGAUAAGAGAAUACGUGCUUUCUUAAAAAAAGCUGCGUCACCAAAGUUUUGGCGAGCAUACGAUGGAAAGAUGACAAUGAUGAACACACCGUUCACGUUAAGAGCGCAAGAGUUAAAUGAUUUGUAUAGUAGUUUACAAAUGAAAUAUUUAAACCAUGACGAAAGACUUGAUGUUUUGUUGACACUGAAACACACUGUUAAGGAGCAUGAAUGCAAACUCACACAGGACUUGAUGGAAUUGAUUGACCGAGAAGCAGAUUUAUUAACCAGAGGAAUAAAAGUGGAAAACCUUGAAGGCUUGCGACAACGAAUAUCCACUUUGUUUUUACAAUUCUGUAAAACACCACUCUUUAAUCCGGAAGCGGCACGGUUGCUAAAGGUUCCACAAGAUGCAUCGAGUUUACGGAAAGAUAUUUACUUUUGUCCAAGUUGUAAUUCAUACCUUACAUCGGCUGACUUUCCGCUCGCGUCCAACUCAAAAAUUGUUGGGAGAUGUAUCAAGUGCUCGCAACUCGAUAAUAACGCUCGAUUGAGACACGAUUUUACGAAAAUUCGAUGUAUUAUGCAACAUCUUCGACGCACCGAAGAGGCUUACAAUGAUCACUCGAAAUUCGCUUUUAUUAUUCAAGAUGCUGAUUUGCGAUAUUUAAUAGAAAAUAUAUGGAACUCUCAAAGUGCGCUCAGCGGUUUGGACGAUCUGUAUAAUUUAAUCUUCGUGCGUUGGAACAAGCAUGAGCACUGGUCGCCAUGGAAUUGCGUUUUGUUAACAAAAGAGGAAGCCAGUGCCCACACCAAGCUAGAGAAUGUAGUUGAGGCAUAUGGGCGAAUAUUUAUUGGCAAAGUUCAUCAGCGGCAUGUACUGGCGCGAAAAUAUUUUUCAAAACUUACGAACAUAUCAGAUGCAUUGGACAAAACAAUGGUACAGAAGUCAAAACAACAUACUACGUUAGCCUCCGUCUCUUAGGAUCACGAUCGUGUAAAAUUUUGUGUAUAUUACUAUUUUUAAAUACAAUAUUAAUAUAACUGGA